AUUUAUUGGCUGUGGAGACGCGGAAUAAUAUCUCUGAUAAUAGCUCAGGACUCUUAAAAAGUGGCGCCAAUAUAACUAAUUCCCGUAAAUUUAUUAAUAAUAAAAUGGAUAUAUCCGUUGGUUCAUCAACAACUCAAAAUGGUGCAAGCGGAGGUGGCGCUGCGGCUGAAGGUAUAGCUCCUGUUUUUAUUAAACAAAUCUUAUAUUCGCCUGAGGGGAAUUUUAGCCUGUAUGGGAUAACUUUUGGAAUGGUAUCAUGUGUAUGCAUCGUUCGUUCUAUUGAUGUGUCUUCUACAAAAAUUACAUAUUCCUUGGAGGACCAUUCAGGUCAGAUAGAAGCACAUUACUGGCUAGAAGAAGGUGACUCAACCAAAGCUCCUGACAUUAUGCUCAAUCAUUAUGUCAAGCUGUUUGGUAGUGUAAGGACACAAGGCUCACAGAAAAUGUUAAUGGUUUUUAAAAUGAUUGCAAUAAUGAAUUCUAACGAAGUUUGUACUCAUGUAUUGGAAGUGCUGAAUGCUAGGUAUAAAUCUGAAGAAUUCGCUAGUAAAGGAAGUGAUACGUACGCUACAAAUGCUGAUUCGAUGAACUUUAACUCCAAGACUAGUGGAGAUGAUUCUCUUGGUUUGGAAGGAAAACAGCUGGCAGUUUUACAAGCCGUUAAGAACAAUAUAAGUACGGAAGGUAUCAGCCGCAAAGAAUUGCAACAAAAAUUUAAUCAUAUCAGUGGAAAUGAACUAAACUCCCUUAUCGAGUUUUUGAUAUCAGAAGGUCAUAUAUAUUCCAGUUUCGAUGCAGACCAUUUUGUUAGUUCGGAGUAAUUUUGUAAAUACUUACAAUUUAAUAAAUUUAAAAAUAUUUAAUUUAAAAUACCA